AUGGCAAAAUCCAACAAGGUGCAGAGACAGCAAAGAACUAACUCCCUGUCGGUGAAAAAAUCAUCAAACAAGUGCAAGAAGGUCUGCAAGCCAUUGGAAAACAAAGAAUGGGAAAACGCCGUUUGCUCCGUCUGCCUGGAGGCACCCCACAAGGCGGUCGUCUUACUCUGCUCGUCUCACAAAAACGGGUGCCGGCCCUACAUGUGCGCUACAAGCCACCGGUUUUCCAACUGCCUCGAACAAUACACGAAAGCCUACGCCAAUGAUGAUGAUGAUGAUGAUGACGACGAACGAGAAGAGCUCCCGUGCCCUCUCUGCCGCGGACAGGUCAAAGGGUGGACCGUAGUCAAACCUGACCGCAAAUUCCUCAAUUCAAGGAAACGAAACUGUGCGCAUCACGAUUGCUCGUUUUCCGGGACUUAUAAGCAGAUGAAGAGGCACGUGAAGUCAGAGCACCCUCUGGGGCGACCCCGGAAAGUGGACCCUGCGCAGGCCGAGAAAUGGAAGGAGUUGGAGAAUGAGAGGGUCACUAGUGACGUGCAGAGCAUGAUCAGAUCGACCAUGUUUGGGUCGCUCUUAGAAAAUGGGCUCGGGCCCAGCAGGCUGUUUGGGUUGGCUAAUUUGAAUAUUGGUUUGGAUAUUGGUUACUUUGGUCUGCGUGCGAGGGCAUUGUUGGGGAGGUAG